AUGGCUGCUCUAAGCAAAUACAAUAACAAUGUGGGAAAAAGGAAUAUCUUCCCUUUCGCCGUGAAAGUUUUCACCUUUGCCGGACUUGUAGCUUGUUCCGUCCUAAACUACCAAAAUGACUCAUAUGCUAUGUCAUGCACCAACAGUUUUGGAUACAAUUCUCCAUCAUAUGAGACAAAAUUUAACAGAAUGUUAGCUGAGGCCGCCGAAGCUGCCGCUUCUGAUGCUGCCGACGGCGCUACUAAGGAAGAAGAACCCACCAAGAAAAACAUAUUUGAAGAAAUGAUAGGCAGUUUUGUAGGUACUGCAUGCGAACAAUACGAGAAGGAAUUGAAACCAAAGUAUGAUGAAAUCGCAACUUCCAUUAAGGAAAAUUUCGAGAAGGAUAUGAAACCUAAGAUAGAAGGAAUUAAGAAAAAAAUUAAGAAGAAUUACGAAGAAGGUUUAAAAGGAUCAUUAGAUAGUUUAAAAGAUAAACUAAAGGAAUUAGAAAAGGAUCUCUCAGAAUUAUGUAAUGAUGAUGAAUUAAGUGGCUGCCACCUAAUCAAUAUCGAAUUAAAUUUUAAUGAAAAAACUGAUAUGCCAACUGUAGAUGACGUUGCUGAGGAUGUACUUUAUCAAUUAGAUGACUCUGAAUGGUCCAUUCAUAAAAAAUACGAAGAUUUAAGAGAUGAAUUUGUUACCAAAGUGAAGGAUAUUAAAAAGGAACUAAAACCAAAGAUUGAUGACCUUACCCAGAAAUAUUUGAAUGAGCUCGAAUUGGAAAUGAAACCAAAACUUGAUCAGUUAUCUGCCACCAUAAAAGACAUCCAAAGUGAAAUUAAACCAAAAUGUGAUAAUAUUAAACAAAAGUUAUUAAAGGAUAUCCAAGAAGAAGUAAAGCCCCAAUUAGAAGGAUUUGCUGAAAAAAUUUCCAAUCUUGAAAAAGAACUCAUUCCACACAUGAAUAAAUUCUCUGAUAAAAUUAAAGAUGUCGAAAAAGAUGUUCAACCCAAAAUUGAUGAUUUAAAGGCUAAGUUUAAAGAUAUUGAAAAGGAAGUAGAACCCAUAAUUGAAGACUUUGCGUCCAAAUUAAACGUAGAAAUUGAUGAGGACUUAAAGAAAAAAAUUGAGAAUGUUGUAAGCAAAGUAAAAAAUGACAUACAAGCUGACGUGAAACAUAAAAUUCAAGAUUUCACAUGUAAGCUGAAAACUGAUAUUGAGAAAGAUAUGAAACCAGCUGUCGAUGAAUUAAGAAAGGUCGUUGUAGAUAAAUUAACGGAAAUUGAUCAAGAUUACGUCUCAGAUUUUGAACAAACCAUAAAAGAAGGAUUCGAAAAGAUGCGUGGAAAUAUACUAGACAAGAAGGAAGAUAUGUUGGAAGUACAAAAAUGUAUUAAAGAAAGCAUAAAGGCUUGCAAAGAAACUGUGGACUCGGUGGUCAAUGGAAGAUGGUUACGCGGAUUUGUAUUGUUAUAA